ACGUGAUGAUUGUGCUACUGUUUUAUUGCGAGGGAAAACCAUGAAAACCCAGGGCCAGUGUUGUGCAUGGAUGAGAGCGUGAUCCGAGGAGGGGAAAUCCAGAGCCACUAGAACGAUUCCCAUGAUCUAGUACUAGUACUAGUAGUAGUAUGCCCAGUUUGGUUUUGAGGUGCAAACAAGUACAGUACAGUAGUAUUAGUUCAAAGCAACCCCUUUUUCCGUCUUGUGUGUUCUAUUGUCCAGUAGCGUGCAGUUGCAGAGAGAGAAAGAGAGAGACAAAUACCAGCGACCGUGUUCUUCGUGUGGCCGUGGGCCACGGUAGUCUCAGUUGCACACUGCGGAGUGCGGACGCUGUUUGUGAUCAGUCACUGGCCAACAUUCAUACAUCGCGAGGAUCGCAACCGAGUUCGCAAGAAGCACAGGAUCGAUAGGAUAGCACAACUCCUAUAGGAAUCGGUGAAAGGUUUCUUUCCCUGCGCUAGCUGGAGGAUAGGCGCGCAAACGGUGUGAAGCGGACGAUCCUUACCUACCGGCUGUUGUGAUAUGUGUUUGUGUCCAAGCGGUGCAACUCCUCGCUUGUGUUGAUAUUAUCUGGGUGACUCACAGUGCCACACGGAUAUGGAUGACCGGACAAAGCGUGUACUUAUAGCAAACCGGGACAAGUUGCGUACGGGCAUCAGCGCUGCAUCACUGCUACCUGUCUUGUAUUCGCGUUUCGUGAUCGACGACGAAGUCAAACAUGACAUACAGCACACGGAGAUGAAUACCAAACGUACUUCUAUGCAGCAGGCGGACAAAUUAUUAGACCACAUACAAGGUGGCGGUCAAAAUGCCUUUUUCGAACUAGUCGAGGCUAUGGAGGACCCGAUGCAGAUUUUGUCACACCAAGAGCUCGCUCUGCUACUUCGGCAGGAACUCAAGAAGACCCCUGCCGCUUCAGCCAGGCCUGCUAGACCCACCGGCGGAGCUGCGGCACCUCAGCGAGCCUCUGUUGGUGGUGGCGGUGCAACUGCUGCCGACCCAGUAGAUGCCGAUGCCGAUGUCACCGCUAGUGCGGAGCAGGAGCACGGCCAGAGCUUCUCAGAGGGCGGUAAACGUGUCAGCGGGGAUGGCUGCACUACGGACCCCGAGGAGGAAUGCGGGAGUGGGUAGAAAUUGCGCAAUGACGUAAUUUCUACCGUAAACACCCCACACAGCCACCUAGGCAUGGUCGUCAGGGGUGUUGAACAGUGCAUUGCUGAUCCCAGUGUACUCACAUAACACCCCACACAGCCACCUGGGCAUGGUCGUGCGCGCUGUUGAACAGUGCAUUGCUGAUCCCAGCGUACUCACAUAACACCCCACACAGCCACCUGGGCAUGGUCGUGUGCGGUGUUGAACAGUGCAUUGCUGAUCCCAGCGUACUCACAGACAUUAGUUAUACCUUCCAUAUUUGGCAAUGAACGGUUGUAAAAUAUUGCGGUGACCGUCUCUGUAUUCAAACUUUGGAGUGGAUUUUUGUUUUUCCAGUUUUGUUUUUCGUCUAUCCCUUGAUAUAUAAUUACUAUAUUAGUUUCCAAAUACUUCGUGACUAUCAAACAGAGUUAUGAAUAUUGCUAAUGUACUAGUGCCUAGGGUAGACUAGAUGUAAUCAUUG